CCAUUUUGUCUCGAGCGCUCAAGUGUUCUGCUGCGUGGCGGUAUUCGAACCGCUGGCACCGAAUGCCUCAUGAGCCCAGAUCCUACGAGUUCGGCACUCGAGGCGGCUCUGCGUGUGGUGCUGUUCGCAGCCCUCGUCAUCCAUAGCAUCCUGCACACCACAGACCCCUGCACCGGAGCCAAGAGCUACGCUCUGCGCGUUCAGGGUUCCCUGCCGCGCUGGCUGCUGCCCGCCGUUGGAGUUCUGCGGGCGGCGGCUGCCGUCAUGAUGUUCUCUAGCAAUCCUUGCGUGGUGCUUGGAGCGCUGGCAUAUGUUUCGAUAUUGUGGAGUGGUGCGGCGUAUUAUCACUUUCGGCGCAAGCACCACGUUGCAGCUGUCUGUCCGGCUUGCUGUUUCGUGCUGCUCGCGGCUGCUGUCAUCGCCUUGCGGGCGAGUCUCUUGUUUGCGCUGGUGGGGACGAUUGCGUGUGCAGUGGUUGCAGUUGGUUUGGGGUGCAUUCUCGUCACUCCUGCUCCAGAGGGGCAAGAAGUCUAUUUCUUAAUCUGA